AUGGCGACCCUUGCAGACAUUGGUGUCUCUGCUGUCAUCAACAUACUCACUGCCUUUGCUUUCUUGCUGGCGUUUGCUCUGCUCAGAAUCCAACCCAUCAAUGAUAGGGUCUACUUUCCCAAGUGGUAUAUCAGUGGUGGAAGAAGCAGCCCGAGGAACUCUCGGAAUUUUGUGGGAAAAUUUGUGAACCUCAAUUUCAAGACUUACCUUACCUUCCUGAACUGGAUGCCCCAGGCUCUGAGAAUGAGUGAAGCUGAGAUUAUUAGCCAUGCUGGUCUUGACUCUGCUGUUUUCCUGAGAAUCUAUACUCUGGGCUUAAAGAUUUUUGUUCCAGUGACAAUUGUGGCACUCCUCAUUCUUAUUCCAGUCAAUGUAUCAAGUGCGACAUUAUCUUUCCUAAGAAGAGAAUUGGUAGUGAGUAAUAUUGAUAAACUCUCAAUAUCAAAUGUUCCACCUAAAUCUCUAAGAUUUUUUGUUCACAUAGCAUUGGAAUACCUGUUCACAAUAUGGACUUGUUUUCUGCUUUACAAGGAAUAUGAUAAUAUAGCAUCAAUGAGAUUGCUUUUCUUGGCCUCACAACGCAGGCGUGUGGACCAAUUCACGGUCAUUGUCAGGAAUAUUCCUCAUAUUUCUGGUCACUCAGUAUCACAAACUGUGGAUAGCUUCUUUCAAACAAACCACCCAGAUCAUUAUAUUGGACACCAGGCGGUAUACAAUGCAAACAGAUUUGCUAAAUUCGUGAGAAGAAGAGAUAGACUCCAAAAUUGGUUGGACUAUUACCAGCUUAAGUUUGAGAGGAAUCCUGACAAGAGGCCAACUGUCAAGACUGGACUUUUGGGGCUUUGCGGUGGGAAAGUUGAUGCUAUUGAGUACUACAAACAACUAAUUAAGGAACUUGAUAAAAUGAUGACAUUGGAGCGCCAGAGAAUUAUAACAGAUCCGAAAUCUAUUUUGCCAGUUGCUUUUCUUUCAUUCAAUUCUCGUUGGGGAGCAUCUGUUUGUGCACAAACCCAACAAAGCAAAAAUCCUACUCUCUGGCUGACUGAUUGGGCUCCAGAGCCACGGGAUGUGUAUUGGCGGAACCUGGCAAUUCCAUUUGUUUCUUUAAGCAUCCGAAAACUUAUAAUAUCAUUGUCAGUGUUUACCUUGGUAUUCUGCUACAUGAUUCCCAUUGCUUUUGUGCAAUCCCUUGCAAAUUUGGAGGGUCUUGAAAGAGUUGCUCCUUUCCUCAGACCAGUAAUAGAAUUGAAAUUCAUCAAGUCCUUUCUACAAGGUUUUCUUCCUGGUUUGGCCCUUAAAAUAUUUUUGUAUAUUCUACCCGCGGUUCUGAUGAUCAUGUCAAAAAUUGAGGGAUAUAUUGCCUUGUCAACCCUUGAGCGUAAGACAGCAGCAAAAUAUUAUUACUUUAUGUUGGUGAAUGUUUUCUUGGGAAGCAUAGUGACGGGGACUGCGUUUGAGCAACUGCAUGCUUUCCUUCAUCAGUCACCUACACAGAUUCCUAGAACAAUUGGAGUUUCCAUUCCAAUGAAGGCUACCUUCUUUAUGACAUACAUAAUGGUUGAUGGCUGGGCUGGAAUUGCUGGUGAGAUUCUCAGAUUAAAGCCAUUGGUUAUAUAUCAUCUCAAGAACAUGUUCUUAGUUAAAACUGAGAGAGAUAGAGGAAAGGCCAUGGACCCUGGGAGUGUGGACUUUCCAGAGACUAUUCCAAGUCUUCAACUAUAUUUCCUUCUUGGAAUUGUGUAUGCUGUGGUGACUCCAAUCCUUCUUCCCUUCAUAGUAGUCUUCUUUGCCUUUGCAUAUUUGGUUUACCGUCAUCAGAUAAUUAAUGUCUACAAUCAACAGUAUGAAAGUGCUGCAGCAUUUUGGCCACAUGUUCACAGCCGCAUUAUAGCAAGCUUACUACUAUCUCAGCUUCUUCUGUUGGGUCUGCUUAGCACCAAAAAGGCAGCUAAUUCUACACCUUUGCUUGUUAUCUUACCAAUCUUCACAUUUGCAUUCCACAAGUACUGCCAGAGUCGUUUUGAGCCAGCAUUUAGGAAGUACCCACUUGAGGAAGCAAUGGCAAAGGAUUUAUUGGAGAAAGACACAGAACCAGACCUGAACAUAAAGGCAUAUUUGGCAGAUGCUUACUUGCAUCCAAUAUUCCAGUCAUUUGAGGUAGAAGAGGAGUUGGUUGAAGUUAGAGUAGAUAAACACCAAACUCAUCAUAUAGCUAGUCCUUCAAUAAGUGAACCUAGUUCCCCCUCCCCACCCCAUCAUGUGCAUCAACCUUCACCACCUCAAUAUAGUGAGUAUCCAACGUCACCACCUGGUUAUUACUACCAUUCUUCCACCCCUUCCCAUUAUGUCCAUCAGUAUCAAGGUGAACCUUGAACUAGUGCAUAUCAAUUAACAAGUUGCUUGAGACCCCC